AUGGGCGGGUCCCACGGCGGAUAUAUUGGCGCCUGGCUUGCUACUGGCUGCACUUCCAAAUACCCGUCUGAGGAGCCAAGAAAAUUAAAGUCGCAAAGCGAGUCACCCGGAGAUCGAUGCCCCUUUGCAGGGCUGAUCUUGAUCAAUCCGGUGACAGACCUUACGCUUUUGCUUUGCAACUCGGACAUUCCAGAGUGGGCCACCAACGAGGCAGGUUUGCCUCUUGCAGGAGAUUUUUCUAAGCUGACCACGGCCAAGCAAUACGAUGAACUUUGGGUUCGUUCACCCAUUAGAGCAGCGCCAAUGGCUCGUCGCCGGCUUUUGAUAUUGGUUGGCUUGGAGGAUCGCCGCGUUCCGCCAUUGAAUGGCAUUCGCUUUUCGCAGUCCAUCUCUGGGAUCGCACCCAAACUUCUCUGCUUUCCCGGCGAAGGUCAUGCGCUAGACGGAGUGCGUGCUCAACAUGCACUGGUCGUUGCCAUCACCCGCUUCCUCCAUGGUAUCAAUUUCCAACCUGCUACUUCGAACAAUGAUCUUAAUUAA